UUGGAAAUGCCAGACUGAGAGUGUCCCUUAAUUACUCUCAAAGGUAGUUUUACCCCAGCUUUAUAAUUAAUAGCAAAAAUAAUAAUGUACAAAUCAGCAUCAUUACGAAAAGUGGCAGGUUCCUUCAAUAAACAACCCUUGUUAAUACAAACCUGUCGCCGUCAACUCCACCGUAAUGCCAUCCUCCAACAGGAACUUUCCAUGUCCCCUUCCUUCAAAUUAGAAGAAAAAGCUGCUGAGCUAAGCUUAAGGCCUGCCACUCUCAAACAAGCUCUAACACAUAAAUCGUUUAAACACGGCACAGUUCCCACUAACGAACGUAUUCAAUUAAUUGGCUAUCGUGCUAUUCAAUUUUUCGCCACGGAAAAAAUCGCAAAAGACCCUACAAACAAUCAAGAAAGUCAAACUAUGAUCAAAAGUAUCCGUGAACUCGUGAAUUUUAAAUCGAAUCCAUUUGAGACAUUGGGUUUACAAGAAGGGUUCCAAGGAGAAUUGCCAACAAAAGAAAUUCCACAUUCUGUGAAAUGCACAACACUUCAAGCUAUCACAGGCGCUAUUUAUCACGAGCGCGGUAUCAACGCAGCAAGAGAUUUCGUUCAUAAGCAUAUCUUUCCUCCCUCAAAUUAAUAACAUGUCUUCAUCAUGAGGAAGACUGAAUCUGUAUAUUUACAAAAGAAGGCAAUUUUAUGUAUAUUAAACAGAAUAAUAAAUCUUAUAGACCUCAAGACUGUUAUUGUUUC